AUGCAAAAUUUAUUUUCUAGACUUUCUAGUGGGGUCUCUGAGUCUGAACAGUUGGACAUUAUUAUGACCAAUAUGAGUCCUUUCUUUAUAUCCAGACUGGCUUUGUCUGAGGUUUCCUCAAUUAGGGAAUUGAAAGAUGUGUGUGCAAGAUUGGAGCUUGCCAAGAAUAAAUGUGAGUUUAGGGGUUUUCUCAACCCAGGGGACACCUCCAUCAUACCGGACGUUUGCAAAGUUAAUAAUAGGCCUUCUGCCUCUGCAGUGGGAAACAAUAAUAAGUUGUGUCUUUUGGGGAUUGUUUGUUUGCCCAUUGCAUAUGCAGGCAAGGUUGAAAUGAUAGACUUCUAUGUCUGUGAGGACAUUAAUGCACCCAUUAUUUUAGGUGUAGAUUUUUUGAGGAAGUUUGAUCUUUGUCAGGAUAUCUUUGCAGAUGUUGGAAACAUGGUGUGUCAUGAGUCUAUGAACCUUAUCAAGGAUAAUGAGAUACACUUGCAUGAGGUAGGAGACCUAACGGAGGAUCAGAGAGUGGAGUUGGAGUUGGUUGUGGAUAGGUUCAGGGAGCUAGCUGCCACAGAUAGCAAGUUGGGGUUCACCACUCUUGAAGAACAUGUGAUAGAUACGGGAGAUAGUUCCCCCAUUAAACAGAAGUUCUAUCCUAUCCCUUUUCAUCACCGGGAUUAUGUCAGGAGAGAGAUAGAGAAUAUGGAGAGGUUGGGCAUAGUAGAGAAGUCAAACUCUCCAUGGAAUAGUCCUAUUCUUCUCGUACCCAAGGCAAAUGGUGAGCUUAGACUGUGUUUGGAUAGCCGCAAGUUAAACAGUGUCACCAAGAUAGAUUCUUACCCGAUGCCUAGAGUGGAGGAGAUCCUAGACUCGCUUAAUAAUGCGAAGUUUAUAAGCUCUCUUGAUCUUAAGUCUGCAUUUUUUCAAAUUGGAUUAGAACAGUCCUCUCGUGAGAAGACUUGUUUCUCCGUUUCUGGUCUUGGAUCAUGGCAAUUUUGCCGCAUGCCUUUCGGAUUGGUCAAUGCAACUGCCAGAAUGAUGAGGUUGAUGGAUAAGGUGUUUGGUCCCGAGUUUUCUGGUAGUGUUUUCUAUUAUGUCGACGACGUGAUUCUGAUCUCCGACUCGUUCAGUAAUCACAUCAAGCUUCUGCAUGAGGUCGUCGAGAAACUCAAGAAUGCUGGAAGACUAGCUCGCUGGGCGAUUAGGCUUUCUCAGUACAAUUUUAUAGUGGAGCAUCGGAAGGCAGCAGAACAGGCUGCACCUGAUGCGCUUUCAAGAGCUCCAGCGUCAGAUGAGUUGUUCAAGUUUCAGGCUUCAGUUCUUGCUUUGGAAGGUGAUUCUUGGUAUUCUGGCAUGUUCAAGAAAGUUUCCGCUGCACCUGGCAAAUUCCCAGACUGGCGUGUUAUAGAGGAGAGAUUGUAUAAGAGGGUUAGGAACUCCAAUCCUUUGGCAGUCGAUUGUGAGUGGAAAUUAGUAGUUCCUGAGAGUCUCAGAAAUGAGGUGUUGAAACAGUGUCAUGAUAGGCCUGAGGCAGCACACUUAGGAGUAUUUAAGACCUUCAAACGACUGUCUCAGUCUUAUUUUUGGCCCAAGAUGAUUAAUGAUGUGAAGAGGUAUGUCAAACGUUGUCAAGUUUGUUUGGCACACAAAAGUGUGAAUGUUCCUCCACCAGGUCUAAUGGAAAAUCCGAAGAAAGUUCAAAGACCAUUCCAGGUCCUGUCAACGGACAUUAUAGGACCGUUGCCACGUAGUUAUUCAGGCUAUAAGUUUAUUUUGGUUGUUUCAGAUUACUUUACUAAGUACACUCAAUUGUUUCCCAUGAGAAGUUCAUUAGCAAAGUCGGUGGUCAGUAUUAUAGAGAAUCAGUUUCUUAUGAGACAUGGUAUUCCACAGUGCAUCAUCAUGGAUAAUGGACCACAGUAUAUCUCCAAUCACAUGAAGAUGCUGAAGGCGAAAUAUAAAAUUCCUAAUCUAUUCUAUAAUUGCAGAUUUUUGCCCCAGAAUAAUCCUGCUGAGAGAGUGAACAGAGUUGUGGUCACUGCUUUGGCUUCUUUAGUUGGCACAGACCAAAGACAUUGGUCAGAUAACAUUCACAAGAUUGAGUUUGCCAUGAACACUGCUGUUCAUGAGGUCACCGGCUAUAGCCCAUUUCUGUUGACGUUUGGUCGUGAAGCUGUUCUGUCCGGGGAUUGGUAUCCUGAUAGGGAAUUGAGUGUGGAGGAGUUGCAGUUUGUGGAUAGAGAUCUGUAUGCCUCAAUGUUAUUGCAUUUGAAGCCUUUGUUUGAAAAUUUUAAUGCUGCCAUUAAGAAGUCUUACCAUAGAAGCAGAACUUACUAUAAUAAAAACAGAACUCAGGUUGAGUAUGAAGUUGGUCAAGUUGUUUGGAAGAGGGAGUAUCCUUUGUCUGAUGCAGACAAAUUCUUUGCUAAGAAGUUGGCUCCCAAAUUUAAAAAGUGCGUUGUCCAGAGGAAAGUAUCACCUGUCUCUUAUGAGCUGCAAGACUUUCAUUCUGGGAAGUCCUUAGGUAGGUGGCAUAUCAAGGACAUUGUGAAGUCAGAACCAGAUAAUUAG